UCUCUCACACACACACACACAUUCUCGAGUCUCGACCCAUCUCUAGCGCUUUCCUCUCUCUUCUCUCCCGCCCCAUCCCUCCCCCUUCUUUCUCUCGCUCUCGAAAUCUUCCGCACUUUGUGAUUCAGUAGAUAUGGAGGCUGGAGGAGGAGGAAUCUCAACGGCGGCGACGUCGCCGCCACCGUUUCUGAGUAAGACUUACGACAUGGUGGAUGAUCCGGCGACGGAUGCGGUGGUAUCGUGGAGCAAGAACAGCAACAGCUUUGUUGUCUGGAACGUGCCGGAGUUCGCUAGAGACCUUUUGCCUAAGUAUUUCAAGCAUAAUAAUUUCUCCAGCUUCGUUCGCCAGCUGAAUACUUAUGGAUUCAGGAAAGUUGAUCCCGACCGUUGGGAGUUUGCUAAUGAGGGGUUUCUUAAAGGUCGCAAGCAUUUACUGAAGACCAUAAACAGGCGUAAAUCAUCCCACGCACAAGGCCAACAGCAAAACGUUCAAGUUCAGAAUCCCCCUGUCCCGUCUUGCAUUGAGGUUGGCAAAUUUGGGAUGGAGGAAGAGGUUGAAAGGUUGAAGAGAGAUAAGAAUCUUCUCAUGCAAGAACUUGUUAGGUUGAGGCAGCAGCAACAAACAACCGACAGUCAAUUGCAGACUGUUGGUCAGCGUGUUCAUGUAAUGGAGCAACGACAAACACAAAUGAUGUCCUUCCUCGCCAAAGCUAUGCAAAGCCCUGGCUUUGUAUCACAGAUGGUACAUCAGCAGAAUGAUAGUGGUAGACAUAUUUCUGGUGCUAACAAGAAAAGGAGGCUACCGAGUCAGGAUGAAGAAAGUUUAGCUCACAAUUUGAGUAUUACAUCGCCCGAUGGACAGAUUGUCAAAUACCAGCCUUUGAUGAAUGAAGCUGCAAAGGCAAUGCUGAGACAAAUCAUGAAAAUGGAUACGUCAAAUAGGUCCGAGUCUAAACUGAGCAAUCCUAAUGGUUUCUUGAUUGACAGUGCACAUUCUCCCUCGGAUUUAUUAGAUAGUAGUAGUUCAACCAGUAGAAUAUCAGGAGUGACUCUUUCAGAGGUUUUACCCAAUACGUCCGCACUGUCUGAGGUCCAAUCUUCCUCUUGUCUGACGCAUGCUAGUGCUCACAAUACCCUCUUUCCGGAGGCAAGCACAGGGGUACCUGAUUUCAUUCUCGCACAAGGAAUCAGUCCAGGAAAUAGCAUCGACCUUCCUAAUGAGCCAUUUAAGGGGUCCGAGCCUACAAAUUUCAGUUCUGUGGAUGUACUUCCUGGGUUUGUCGAUGCCCCUAUACCUCCACCGUCAGAUGAACCUUUGGAAGACUACGAUGUUGACAUUUUGCUCGAUGACAUUCAUAAGCUGGCAGGUAUGGGUGAUGAUAUUCAUAAGCUGCCUGGUAUAAGUGAUGAUAUCCAUAAGCUGCCGGGUGCAAGUGACGAUAUUCCCAAGCUUCCGAGCAUAAAUGAUGUAUUCUGGGAACAGUUUCUUCCUGAGAGCCCCUCCCUUAUUGAGAAAACAGAUGAGAUAAAUGCUGUCGAUAUGGGACAUGAAAUGAGCACGGAUCAGUUCACCGAACUAGAAAGUGAAUGGGACAGGCUGAAGAGUUUGAAUAAUCUUACCGAACAGAUGGGGCUUCUCACAUCAUCUGCGAAGAUCGGUUAACGAAGCAUCUGUCCACAGAAACCACCCUUUUCAGAGCCUCUCUGCUUUGACGCAUCUCCGACAAGGCGCUUGAGUGCCUCCUCGCUCCUUCACGGCUCCUCUGAUGCUGUCUUAUUGCGCCUCCUGCCGGCGUCUGCGCACUCCUUUGCGGCUCCUACGAUGGAUCAGAUAGCACAUUGGUUCGUGCUCAAUUUAGUUUGAUUCUAAAACAUUGGAUACGAUUUUGCAUGUACGUUUAAGUGACUUUGAGAAAUCUUGCAAUUAUCCCAAAA